AAGACAAAAUUUCAAUAGCAUCUUUCAUUCUCUUUUCUUCUUUCCACCAUGGAAGGUGAAAAAGGUCACAUAGUUCUCUUCCCUUUCAUGGCACAAGGUCAUAUAAUCCCUUUCUUAGCUUUAGCUUCAAAAUUUACCCAAAAGGGUUACCAAAUCACUUUCAUAAACACACCAUUAAACAUCAAGAAACUCAAAUCAUCAUCAAAAAACCCUUCAAUUCACUUUCUUGAAAUACCCUUUAACAGUACUGAACAUAAUCUUCCACCAGAUGCUGAAAUCACUGAUUCUUUACCUUAUAAUCUUGCCCUUAAACUUCUUCAAGUUUCCCCUUCACUUGAAUCUAACUUCAGAUUCAUUCUUACUAAUCUUGUUAACCUAAAGAUUGGAUUUUUCAAGAAACCCCCAAUUUGUGUUGUGUCAGAUUUCUUUUUUGGAUGGUCAGCUAAGGUAACUCAUGAAUUUGAUAUUUUACAUUCUAUUUUUGUUGGUGCUGGUGGUUUUGGAUUAGCUUGUUAUUACUCUAUGUGGAUGAAUUUACCUCAUAAACAUACUGAUAAUCUUGAGUUUAUACUGCCUGAUUUUCAAGAAGCUGGAAAAUUUCAUGUUACACAGUUGUCACCUAGUCUUGCUAUAGCUGAUGGAAAUGAUGAUUACUCAGUUUUUCAGAUGAAAAAUCUUCCACUUUGGAAAAACUCAGAUGGGGUUUUGUUUAAUACAGUUGAGGAGUUUGAUAAUAGUGGAUUGAUGUAUUUUAGAAGGAAGUUAUGUAUACCUGUUUGGGCAAUAGGACCAAUACUUUAUCAAGAAAAUGAUACUAAAACUCCUAGGAAAGAAUCAGGUAUUCCUUUAGUAAAAUGUAAAGAAUGGUUAGAUAAUAAGGAUGAAAAAUCAGUUCUUUACAUAUGUUUUGGUUCACAAAACACAAUUUCGCCAUCACAAAUGAUGCAACUAGCAAAAGCAUUAGAUGGGGUUGAAGUAAACUUCAUUUGGGUGAUUAGACCACCUUUAGGAUUUGAUGUAAAUGCUGAUUUCAAACCAGAAGAAUGGUUACCAGAAGGGUUUAUUGAGAGAAAUCAAGAAAAUGAACAAAGAGGACUAGUAGUGGUUAAUUGGGCACCACAAGUUGAAAUCUUGGCUCAUGAAUCAAUAGGUUCAUUUUUGAGUAAUUGUGGUUGGAAUUCAGUUCUUGAAUCAUUGAUCAAUGGGGUUCCAUUAAUUGGAUGGCCAAUGGCAGCUGAUCAGUUUUUUAAUGCUAAGUUUUUGGUUGAAGAAAUUGGUGUUUGUGUUGAAAUGGCUAGAGGGACAACAUUUGAUGUAAGUUAUGGAGAUGUAAUUGAAAAGAUUGAGUUAGUUAUGGAUAGUGAAAGUGAAAAGGGGAAAAGAUUGAGGGGUAAAGCUUGUGAAGUUAAAGAAAUGAUUAAAGAUGCUACUAGAGAUGAAGAUGAUUACAAAGGAUCUUCUGUUAGAGCUAUGGAUGAUUUUUUUAAUUUGAUGAUGAAAGAAAGGAUUGGCUCACAAUAAUUGACUUUUUUUUUUUGUUAAUAAUAAAGAAAGAGAAAUCUAGAAGAAAAGUUCAACCUCUUUCUUUACCUUUUAUAUAUAUA